AUGCCGGCAUUGAACCCCACUGGUUUCGAGAUAUCUUCUGCAUUGACGAUGGCGUCACUGCGGUGGAUGGGUGUGGCGCUAGCUGUGCAAGACUGGAGCCAGAGUAGUAUGGAUCCAGCAAAGCAAACCGUGGCUGCAGAGGGUGUUAGCAUGUUCAUGGAAGAGAUGGGCUCGCUCAUGGGUCGAACAUCCCCAGACGAGGAGGAUGACCACGACAAUCAUGACAAGAAAGAUGACUCAUGCGAUAUCUAUGUAGAGAGUAUGGAAGGAUAUGGUGGAAAUGCGGUCGACGGCGCAUACAACAGGUCGGAUAACCUCGACUCGGCAAUUUUGGCACAGCUCGACCACCCGGACAGUACUACAGAACAAGGCAUUGACACCUUCAUGCGUUCGAAAUUUGCUGAAGCGAAGCGUAAAUGGCAAAUGGAUAACAAAAAUCUGGUCUUUGUUCCUCAUGGGAGUAGUGUUGAGACGAUGUACGGCGUUUCAUCCGCUCUUUUCCGUACAUACGACCAUGAAAAGAUGGUCUUGGGACUAGUGGAUUUGUACGGAUGCACGUCUGUAUUAGUCGUGUCAAAGGCUGCAGUCUGGUGGUCCCACUUUUGGGAAAACCCUGUCUUUCUCACUUAUGUCAAUUGGAGAUACCCGGAGCAAGGGGUGUACAAUACCUGGGAUGAUCAUGUAGAUGAUGAGGAGGAAGGCGAACGGAGUGCCUUUCGGGCUGAUGUGCUCGACGUUCUGGAGUCAAGGAGCAACUGCUAUAUGAACGAGGAACCAAAGAGCUUUUUGGGGUUGGCAUGUCACGUCGACAAGGCCUUCGCGCAAGGCGAAGAGCCAAGAGUCAUUAUCAUCACGCCUGAGUCUGAAGACGGUUCAAAGCUAGAGUACCCGGAGCAUAUCAACGCCAUCCGAAGCGUCCUGAAGGACAGUGUCUUCAAAGACGUGGGUGAAUAUGAUGAUAACCAUGUGGUAGUUGUGGCAUACAACCGCGAACACGGUAAGGAUCAACACGCGAAACCGCCCCAUGAAGGAGGCGACCCAGAAAAGUAUUCAUGGUUGAAUGGCAAGUUCAUGCUACAGUUCGAUCCGCAGCAUGAGCCAGACAAGGCUGCAUUGGAAUUAUGGGCCGAACAGAGUUCGCAGCCCGUUUUCUCCACUCAAUGGGCAUCCCAUCAGACUCACCCUGGAACUCAACUGCGAAUACUCAACCCAACCAAGCUGGAACCGCUGUCCAGGCGACCCAACGGGGUCCCCAAAGUCUACGUCUGCAUCGCCGCUACCAUCGCUUACCACACCGUCUCCAACGCCUAG